GAAAUCUAGAGCAUUUCGUUUUCGAUAAAAUUCGAGACAAAUCUCCGCUAAAAACUGAGAAAAGAACAAAACAUCAUUGCAUUUAUCCAUUUUUAUUAUUUCAGAUAAAUAGCACCCGAACUUUGAUUGAAACCGAGAAAAGCAGCCUCAAAGCCAUUUUGAGAAAGAUAACCUUCAAAGCGGUGUGCAAUUAACAUCUCUCGCACUUUUCAAACCUUUUUUAUUUGUUUAUUGAACUGUGAGAUGAGGCUCCUAAAUUCCACAAUGUACUUCGCUUCAGGCAAUUUUCUUAAAAAUUUCAAGUGUAUGAGUCACUGAAUUGAAAAAAAAUUACGUUUUGUUCCGGUUGCUAGGAUGAAACAUAAUAGCCAAGAGAAUCUUUUGUUUUUGGCUCUCCUGUCGGAAAAUUAACGCUAUCUUCGCCCACACAAUUGAAUUUCCAAUGCGUUUCCCACGCAAGGAAAAAGUUCAGAGGAAGCCAGGGUGGCAUCGUGGGGUCAAAUUUUGCACAAGGCGAGCCCGCGAUUUGUCUCUGGUGAAAACAAUAUGGCGGAGUUCUACAGCAGUGCUGGUAACUAUGAAUCUCAAGCGAAAAUGAGUUUCAGAGCGUUUGAAAUAGCGCCAGUGAUCGAGAGGAUAGUGACUACGUCUGCAGAUAGACCAAAAACGGUGGAAUGCCUUGAUUGUGCAGCUCAGAACUUAUACAUUGGUACUACAGAUUGUUUUGUUCUUAACUAUGUGAUUGAUGAAGGAACGUCACCAUUGGGAAAGACAACUUUUCAGUCAAGACUCCAAGCUUGUAAACAUCUUGGAAUGAAAAAGCCAAUACAGCAGGUUUUGACAGCCCCAGCAAUAAACAGACUUCUAGUUUUAUGUGAUGGGAGUAUUUUGAUGUUUGCCAUGUUCGGCUUAGAGUUUUUGGCCACUGGAUUUAAGGACAGAUUUAAAGGGGUGACAGCCAUAUGUAGAAAUGAUAAUCCAAAUAUGUUUGACCCAUUUGCUGUUGAGGUGUGUAUGUCACUUUCCAAAAAGAAAGCCAUCCAUAUUCUCUCAGUUACUGAAGACAGGAUAACUCUGUUGAAAGAAAUACCACUUCCAGAACCUCCCCUGCAAAUGGCAGUUGAUGGAGGAUCUGUUUGUGUGGCAUUGGCUAAUCAACAUCGUUACUGCCUGGUUAAUAUUCUCUCUGGCAAGGUUCAAGAGUUAUUUCAUUACGAGGAUGAAGUUACUAAAGGACUUGUCAUGGGUGUUGGAAUGGAGGAAUUUUUACUGAAUGGCCCUACAGAUGUCAUGGGUAUGUUUGUUACUUCAGAAGGGACCUCUCAGAGGGCUCCACUCAGCUGGUCAGAGAGAUUGCUGGCUCUGGGAUAUUCGUUUCCUUAUGCUGUGGCACUAGGAGCAAACUCCAUUUCUGUUCACAGCAUUAUAGGGCAAGACCAAAAAUCACAGAAGCAGUCACUCAUAUUCAAGGGUGGAAGACUCUUAUUGAAUUAUGAUAAUCAGGUUUUUGUUUGUUCUUCAAGAGAAGUCUACUGCUUGGCACAGCUUUCAUUCAGAAAACAGGUGCAGAUGUUGUUAAAUGAGAAACGAGUGAGUGAAGCUCUUCAGCUUGCUCAUGUCGCCAUGGAAACAGCAACAGGACCGCAAAGGGAUGAAAAGCUUCUUCAGAGAACGCAACUGCAGGCUGGAUUUAUAUACAUGGCAGAAGGGUACUUUACAGAAGCUGGACGUCUUAUGAAAGAGGGAGGACUGGAUCCGAGAGAGCUGAUUAUAUUAUUCCCAGACCUCCUCUCUUCCAACUGGAAAUACUUACCAUCGAGAGAAAUAGCAGAGCUGAGUGCCCGGGUGAACGGCAGUAAGCAGUUUUUGGCAGAGGCCAAGCUAUUCUUGAUGCAGUACCUUGAGGAAACCAGAGAGACUGCGGAAGAUUCGGGCUACAAAGAGGAGGUCGAUACGGCGCUCGUGAAGUUAUACACACAAAUAAAUUCUCCAGACUUACUGAGUCUGGUGUCCAAUAGAAACGCCUGCACUGUUGCAGAUACCAUCAGCUGCCUUCAGAAACACGAGAGAUACCACGCAUUGGCAUUGUUUUAUGACUAUCACAAACAAACUGCAGAAGCCGUAGCUGUUUGGAAAAGACUUAUACAGGAGGAGAUUAGAGAUAGAAACUUCCCAGGGAUAGAAUACGUCGUAAAGUAUCUUUCUAGUUCGAAGGGUUCUGAGCUUCUCUGGAACAACGUUCCUUGGUUGCUGGAGAAGAAUCAAGAAGUAGCCGUAAAGGUUUUCACCGACAGACCAACAGAUGGUCAACCGAACGACGAAAAGAUGAAACCAGACUUGAUUGUAGAAUACCUUCAGAGAUUCCCUGUUGCUUUACAAUGCUAUCUAGAGUAUCUUGUCUAUGACAGGAAAUUGGAGAGAGAGAAGUAUCACACUCAUUUAGCCCUUCUUUAUUUGGAGGAAGUGUUGAAAAUGAGAAGAGAUCCGUCCUGUUCUCAGGACAAUCUUGAUAAACAAAGAGCGAAACUGCGGGCAAUGUUAGAGUGGUCUUCGCUUUAUCGAGUGGCGCUGUUGCUAUCCAAGAUCAACGAUGAUUCUGACUUAGAUGCAGAGGCCGCCAUUCUCUAUGGAAAGAUGGAGCAGUACAAUAAAGCACUCAAGAUUUUAGUUUACAAACUUGAAAAUUUCUCUGAGGCUGAAAGGUUCUGCGAGCUACAUUCAAAGGGAAAAGACAGAAACUUUCGUAAGAAGCUUUUCCAAACUUUGCUAGAAGUCUACUUAUCACCUGAUGAGGACCGCGAACCGUUAAUAGCACCAGCGGUUGCACUGUUAAACUCGCACAUGUCGGACUUUGACACAGCAGAGGCGAUGAAGCUAAUUCCUGACGAAUGGUCGAUCGGUGUUAUUUCUCAGUUCUUGUGUGGCUCAGUUCGAUCAAGUCUCCACAGAAGUCGCACUAGUAAGAUUCUGAGCAGCUUAGCACGCGGGGAAAACCUCAAGAUGCGAAGUUCUCACAUGAUAUCCCACAAAGCUAAAUUUUCAGUGACGGAAGAAAAAUUAUGCCAGGCAUGCCGGCGGCCCUUUAAUGACCCCGCUGUAGCGCGUUACCCGAAUGGCGUGACAACGCAUAUACACUGCGCAAGAAACAAAACUGUUUGCCCCGUGACGGGUCACGUGUUCUCAUCCAAAGAACGGCACCGAGACGAGUUUACUAAAGACGAAGACGUUUGAGGGUGCUAGAAAUAAAUCAAAAUAGGAGAAUUUUACGGCACUUGAAGUUUAUCCAUAGAAAAGAUGCUGGAAAAGUGGGUGAAAUGCACUGAAAUAUGCAGUGUAGCUAACAAAGGAGAAAUGGCCAUUUUAGCAAGCAUCGACGAGUGAUUAUAAUCUAUUGGCACUGGGCAUUCCGCAUUGAGAAGCUGCCGAUUUUUACUAUGGUGUGUCGCCAUUUGACGUUGUAUAUAUUUCCAAAAUAUUAUAAAGCUUUCUUACAGAGGAGUGAAAAUAUUUUUAUGUAAUUAACUGUACGUCACAUACAGGAAGCCUAGCUUUCAACCUUAGGUCGUGGUGCAAAUUGGUUGAUACAAAGAAAAUAGGGAUAAAGAGAAAAAAAUUAUAAGAGGAUGAUACAUGAAGCUAAGACAUGGAAAAGGAAGCUGACUUCUCUGAAGCGGCGAAGACGAGGGCGAAGAAUAAUUAAUUAUGUGAGUUACGGCGAUGCAAAGGAAAUAGGAUCCUUUAUGAAAUCUAUUUUCCGCAUGACUUGGAAAGAACUGUUUUGUGAAUAAUCACCAAAUGUCUGUAUAGAUAAACAAAAACAUAAAAUGGUCUUAAACCAUACAAACAUGUAGACAAAGUUACGAUAUUUUCCUGAUUUACUUACCUUUUUGUACUAAAGUACUCAUUACUUUCGGUUUCACCAACCCUGACCUUCAAAAUGAGGGCAAGUGUAAUUGUUUUCUUUUUUGUUUUUAUUUGUUUGUGUGUUUGUUUUUUUUUUUAAUCACAAAUGAAUUUUCUUUGGAUGUGAACAACAGAUCAUGUUUGUGUCAAAGGUUUCGAACUAACCCUUGUUUCAAGGGGUUCGGAUGUAAGCUAUUUUGAUAACCAA